UUCCCUGGUGGAACCAGGAAUACUCUCAAUGGACACUUCACCAACCGCUCUAUUCGAUUCUUACGAGCAGGACUUUCAACAAUUCAUCGAAGCCAUUCGGGUAAAACUAGAAGGAGAUGCUAAGGAAGAACGGGGCGAACAACAACAACGAAGUGCUACUUUACGACAGGUAGAAAUGGAGCUCGAUGAAGCUGACGAAAUGGUCUCGCAGAUGGACAUUGAAAUACAAGGCAUUCCGCAAUCCGUUCGCGCCCAAUACCACACCCGCCUGCGAGCGGCCAAGGCGGAUCUUGCGCGUUACAAGAAACUCGCUGCGGACGUUCGAGGGCAACUUGCGCGCUCAGACCUUCUCUCAACAGCUUCACAACCUGGCAAUUAUCCUGCUUCUGACGAUCCAUAUGGACCGUCAAGUGACCGGACACGACUGUUGGCGGGUACUUCGAUAUUGGAAGACGGGACCAAACGGCUGCAGCAAUCUCAACGUAUUGCAUUGGAGACUGAGGACCAAGGUGCCGAGAUUCUCUCAAACCUCAGACAACAACGAGAACAAAUAGAAAAUUCGAGGAAUACUCUAUACGGGGCGGACUUGGCAAUCGACCGCGCUUCUGGAACUCUGAAGAAGAUGGUCAGACGGAUGUACCAACAGCGUGCGGUGACUGCUGGUAUCAUCAUCGUACUAGUGCUGCUCAUUGCUGUCAUCACGUGGGAGAAGCUCAGCUAGCUCUUUCUUCGAAAGAGUAUCCAUUUCCCUUUGGUUAUUUAUAAAAAGUGAAUUCAAAGAAUAAAUUGAGAG